AUGUCUACCCGUAAGAGAAAGCAAGAGGCUGAGGAGGAGGAGCUUCAGGCGCUCCCUAGCGAUGAGAGCGAGGAAGAAGAAGAGAAGAGGGAAGCGAAGAAGAGGAGCCUUGAAGAAGAAGAGGAGGGCGAAGAGGAACCUGAGGAACAAGGUGAGUUCAGACUUCCAGCCUCGAGUCAUACUACAUAUUUUGUACUAAUGAGUAUACUUUUUAUCUUAGCUCCUCCGGCUCACAAGAAGCGAAAGACGGCCGCGGCGCCCGAAGAAGAGGAGGAAGAAGAAGAGGGCAAGGAAAAUGGCGAAGCUGAAAACGGUGAAGGCGAGAAUGGUGUCGAUGAGGAAGAGGAGGAAGCCCCCGAAGACGAAGAAGACGCCGAGGAGGCUCCUGAAGAGACAGCAAAGAGCAGCGCCCCUGCCGCCGCUGCUAGUAAGGCCAAGGCUGGCGAUGUACCUAAGGAAGCUGAAGCCGAUGUUGCUGCAGAGGAGGAGUGA